AUGGCCGUUAUAGUUGCUUCCAAUCUGCCACAAACCUCCAAUCCGUCAACCAUUAAAAAACCGAACAAGUCAUACUCGCAUUGUUGUGUAACACCCAUCCUACCAUGUUCCAAAUUCAUUACAAUCGCUGGACAGACCGGAUUGCGCGAUGACGGAUCUUCAGCCCCGGACAUCGUCACUCAAGCCAAAGACGCGUGCAACGCUCUACAUGAAUGCUUGAAAUCUGUGGGAGCAACUGAGCGAGAUAUUAUCCAUGUGAGACAUUACGUUGUCAAGGAGAGCGGCGAUGUCCAGAACGACAAGAAACCUGUGGUACUUCGUGGCUGGAAUGAGGUUUGGAUGGAGUACAUGGAACGUGAAGCUGGUGGACACAAGCCGCCGGGCACUGCAUUUGGUGUUGCGAGUUUGGCAGCAUCGGGGCUUUUGUAUGAGGUGGAAGUGCUGGUGAUAGUCCACAACUGA